AAGUUAAACGUAUUUCAUAAUUACCCCUUUAAAACAAAUAAGUUUCCAUAAACACCCCUACAGAACAACUCAAAAGAGAGAGAAGUCACCAUAAACAGAGUGACAGUAGUACAGACCAAAACCCUUAAACCCUUGACAAUGGCGAUCACAUCACACCCACAGCCUCCCCAAAUCCAAAGGUUCCCUCAGUCCAAAUACAUAGACGCAGUCCGGUGGCUACCUCCAGUCACGGCCUUGGACCGGUUCGCAGCCAUCGCCUUUUUCGACUCCGAUUCCGACACUUCCUCCGUUGAAAUAUACUCAAUUGGCUCCAACAACCCACCAAACCUAGCUCCUCAGUCUUCGUGGGUUUCUCCCUCGAGGGUCUCUUCUCUCAAAGCCUCUCAAUCCCAACACAGACCUUUUGUUGCCGCUGCAACUUUUUCGAGCUCUCUACAUGUCCUGUUCUCCGAUCCAAUGGACGCUUCGUCGCUCGAAUCGGAGAUUUCUAUCCCGGGGAAGGUUUUACACGAAGGACCCAUUUCUUGUAUUGAUUUAAUGGACGGUGAGCUUGAGUGUUUGACUGUUGGAGAAGAUGGGAAGAUCAAUGUGGUGUCUAUUGGGGUUUCGAAUUUGAAUCACCGGAGAGUUUUUGAUAGCAGUGGUUUGGUUUCUUACACUGCGACGAAAUGGGCUUCUCCGGCUGAGUUUGCGACUGCUGGAUAUGGGUUUAGUCUUCAAUGGUGGGAUCAGAGGAAACCCGGUGGAGCUGUUUCUCAGUUCAAGGGCGACUGGGCUCAAAGAAGAACUUCGGGAAUUGUUCAUUCCAUUGAUAUUCAUCCAUCACGUAAACAUACAUGUCUGGCAGGAGGUUCUUUAGGUACUGUAUUUGCCUGGGAUCUCAGAUGGCCACAACAGCCAAUAAUUCUUUCCGGGGUUGGGACAGGUGAUGCCGGAGCUCAUUCUCCAUCCGAAAGUGAGGUUUGGGAGGUUCAGUAUGACCGCUACGCAACGUCUGUGAACAUGGGAAAUAGUUCAUCUUCAAAAAUUUUGCCAGCUAUGAUCUGCUCAGAAGAUGGUAUCCUUGCUGUUAUUGAACAAGGUGAAGAACCCCUUGAGCUUGUGGCAGAACCAUGUGCCAUCAACAGCUUCGACAUUGAUCGACAAAACCCUUCGGAUGUAAUAUGUAGUUUGGAAUGGGAAUCUAUUGCAGUGUUGUCAAGGUCAUAAUAUCCAUGAAAAGACAAAGUGUUGUAGAGUUUAAUUUUUGUAAUUGGUUCAUUAUUUUCUGGAGCAUGUAGGAACCAGGAAAUGGGAUUUCCCCUCCCUGAUACUUGGUGCUGAAUCUGUAACUUAACCAAUGGAAAUGUAGAUUUCAGCCUUGAAAGGGGGCACUUUUUGAGUGAGUGUUGACUUCAAUUAUCUGCUUUUGUGAGAUUCUGCCAACCCUGGAGAAUGGAGAUAUUUCUUCAUUUGUUUCAAUAUAUGCUUGCUCCAUGAGAAGUUGAAUUUGCAUUUGACACCUUGGAUUAGAUUUUGUAUUCAAACAUUAUAUCAAUGGUAAGAUUAAACUACAUUAAAUUU